CCAUGGUGCGAUGCGACCGCGGGCUGCAGAUGCUGCUGACCACGGCCGGAGCCUUCGCCGCCUUCUCGCUCAUGGCCAUCGCCAUCGGCACGGACUACUGGCUCUACUCCAGCGCGCACAUCUGCAACGGCACCAACCUGACCAUGGACGACGGGCCCCCGCCCCGCCGCGCCCGCGGCGACCUCACCCACUCGGGGCUGUGGCGGGUGUGCUGCAUCGAAGGGAUCUAUAAAGGGCACUGCUUCCGGAUCAAUCACUUCCCCGAGGACAAUGAUUACGACCAUGACAGCUCCGAGUACCUCCUUCGCAUCGUGCGUGCCUCCAGCGUCUUUCCUAUCCUCAGCACCAUCCUUCUCCUGCUCGGGGGGCUCUGCAUUGGCGCCGGGAGGAUCUACAGCCGCAAGAACAACAUCGUCCUCAGUGCUGGCAUCCUCUUUGUGGCUGCAGGCCUCAGCAACAUCAUCGGCAUCAUCGUCUACAUUUCCAGCAACACGGGCGACCCAAGUGACAAACGAGACGAAGACAAGAAAAACCACUACAACUACGGCUGGUCGUUCUACUUUGGAGCCCUGUCCUUUAUUGUGGCUGAGACCGUGGGCGUCCUGGCUGUGAACAUUUACAUUGAGAAAAACAAAGAGCUGAGAUUUAAGACCAAACGGGAGUUCCUUAAGGCCGCUUCCUCUUCUCCUUACGCCAGGAUGCCGAGCUACAGGUAUCGACGACGGCGCUCGCGCUCCAGCUCGCGGUCCACCGAGGCCUCGCCCUCCAGGGACGCAUCGCCCGUGGGCCUGAAGAUUGCGGGGGCCAUUCCGAUGGGCGAGCUGUCCAUGUACACGCUGACCAGGGAGCCACUCAAGGUGACCACUGCCGCCAGCUACAGCCCCGACCAGGAGGCCAGCUUCCUGCAGGUGCACGACUUUCUCCAGCAGGACCUGAAAGAAGGCUUCCACAUCAGCAUGCUGAACCGGCGGACAACCCCUGUGUGA